AAUGCUGCUGUCACCCAGAGCAGAGGGAGGAAGAAGAGAAAGGAGGGGGAGGCGGCAUUUGGGCUGCAGCUCGCAACCAGAGGCAGUCUCUCUUAGCUUUGCGAGAGACCGGAAGCGGCAGCUGCGGUGUAAGAUGCUCUGCCGGGCGCCCUGAGUCCGGGGCGCGUGAAGCAGCUUCAGUGGCCAGGGCAACAGGGCAGCUUUCACCAUGCAUCAGUCUCUGACUCAGCAGCGGUCCAGCGACAUGUCUCUGCCGGAUUCUAUGGGAGCCUUCAGUCGAAGGAAACGAAACUCCAUCUAUGUCACCGUGACUUUGCUUAUUGUGUCCAUGUUAAUUCUCACGGUGGGCCUUGCUGCAACCACCAGGACCCAAAAUGUGACUGUUGGAGGUUAUUAUCCAGGAGUUAUUCUUGGCUUUGGAUCAUUUCUUGGAAUCAUUGGAUCCAAUCUUGUUGAGAACAAACGGCAGAUGCUGGUGGCUUCUAUCGUCUUUAUCAGCUUUGGUGUGAUUGCAGCCUUUUGUUGUGCCAUAGUUGACGGGGUCUUCGCUGCCAGACACAUUGAUCUGAAACCACUCUACGCUAACCGGUGCCACUAUGUUCCCAAGACAUCACAGAAGGAAGCUGAGGAGGUCAUAAGUUCCUCAACCCAAAAUUCUCCUUCCGCGAGGGUUAUGAGGAACCUUACCCAGGCAGCUAGAGAGGUGAACUGCCCUCACCUCAGCCGUGAAUUCUGCACUCCUCGCAUCCGGGGCAACACCUGCUUCUGCUGUGACCUCUACAAUUGCGGCAACCGGGUGGAGAUCACUGGUGGGUACUAUGAGUACAUCGAUGUCAGCAGCUGCCAGGACAUCAUUCACCUCUACCACCUGCUCUGGUCUGCCACCAUCCUCAACAUCAUCGGCCUGUUCCUAGGCAUCAUCACUGCCGCUGUCCUUGGAGGCUUUAAGGAUAUGAACCCAACUCUCCCCGCACUGAACUGUUCUGUUGAGAAUGCCCAUUCGACUGUUUCUUACUAUGCUCGUCCUCAAGUGGCAUCCUACAAUACCUACUACCAUGGCCAUCCUCAUCUGCCACCAUAUUCUGCUUAUGACUUUCAGCAUUCUGGUGUCUUUCCAUCCUCCCCUCCCUCUGGACUUUCUGAGGAGCCCCAAUCUGCCUCUGCUUCACCCAGCUACAUGUGGUCCUCCAGCACACCACCCCGUUACUCUCCACCUUAUUACCCACCCUUUGAAAAGCCACCACCUUACAGCCCCUAAAGCGGAAUGCUUGCCAACUACUGGGAUUAUUGUGGCUUUCGUAUCUGCUUUAGUGAAGUGUAUAGGGUACACAAUUUAAAGUGUCAUUCUUAUGUAUAGUUUCAAGUUUUACAACAGCCUGACAGACAGGCUAGGGAAAGAUAGGAAAGCAGCUUAUUCGUUAUCAGUGCGGAGCAGGAGUGGCUAGGCUGAACCCAGGACUUCCAAGAAGGGAAGCACACACAAUCUAAGGCUGGGGAGCCAGCUCAGCAAGAAUCCUGUCAUGUUUGGACGUGCAUUACCCCAUGGCUCUGCUUCUGUAUUCAGCAGAAGCGUGGUUUUCAUGUUUCAUUUUGUGUAAAUAAGAAUAUUGUCCUCAGGCCCUUGGCAGAUUGCCACUCUAGUACCAUGGUUGAAGUACCUGGCUUUUAAGCCCUAUCUUUCCCUACCAUUAAGGUCAGUUCUUAAGAAAAGUUUCCCAGAUGAUGGGGCUACACAGUAGUUCCAAUACAGACAGUCAUGGCUAAGAUUUUGUUUGCUUCUGUCAGGACAUUGAAAAAAGCUGCCUAUAUCUCUUACUCCUUUCUUCUCUAUAUUGUAAAAAUGGCUGUCGUGAACAUUCAGCUCAGCUUUUGUUAAUGGUACCUCCCAAAGGGAAAAGUGCAAUAUCCCCUAAAGUAGUGGGGAACAGGAUUGUUCUAAAAGCACUGAAAUACACAGAGCAACAUGAGAUGUUUUAAAUAGAUGUUACACAUGUGAUAACUUAGAAGACAGUGGUUCUACUACAUGUUGCAGUAUUACAAAAUACAUUUGCUACAGGAGAUAUAAAUCUUAUGGUUAAAAUUCAGAGUUAAAAAUGAUAGAUUAGAUUCUUGGGUCAUGAAAUGAAUUGUUAUUAAUCUUUGUGACUAAUCCUUAAAUAUUGUGCUUCAACUCUAGCAAACCGCACGUAUCCUGCACCCUAUCCCAAAAGAAUCAUCUGUAUUUUAAUGCUACUGUUCUUAUUGGUCCCUUUUUCUGUUGAGACCAGUCAUGACAGCUUUCAAGAUUAUGAAGUGUUACAAUGCCGCUUUAAGUCUGCAAAACCUCAAAUGUAGCCAACUCGACAAAUUCUUAAGUGUUACUGUAGAUUUAAAAUGCAUCUGGCACAUUGUGGUAGGUAUCUGUACAAUUCUUUUAAUUAUACAUAGCUUUAAACCAUCAAACUGACGGAUUUAAUACUUUGGCACCCAUGCCUUCACUUCAAAAUGAACACUUUCGUUGUGAUCUUAUGUUAACCUGAGAAAUGACUGAUUUAAAGGAAGAUGAAUAAUCCUACACUUGUAUAUGUAAAAAUACAGGAGGGUACCUAAAGACAGUCAUGCAAACACAGAACACAUACUGGAAAAAUUUCCAGCCAAUUUUGCUACCUCCCAACUUGAUGGAUUAGAAGCAGCAGGCAAAUGCUGGUGCUCCCAUCUACCUUGUAGACACCCAGCCAUCAAGAAUUAUCAAGGCACAAGUGCACUCAUGGUUCACAGUAAAUGUUUGCAAAACAUUCAGUUUAGCUUUCAGCAUCAUGAAUGAUGCCUCAUCCAGAUUUCAGAUCUGAAAAACUAUAAUCCUUUUGUUUUAUAAAAUUACUGUUAUUUUCUACAGUUCUGAGCGGAUCAAAAUUCUAUUGGAUUUCAAAAAGGGACUAAUAACCAAUUGACUUACAAUACAAAUAUCAACUUGUAAUACUCAGUGAUUUUUUUUUUUUUGCUGUUUACACUUGACCUUUUGCUUUAGUGAAUGUGUAUGAGUAUUUUUUAAAAGGCACCAUUACAGUAUAUCCUACAUUUAUUACAUUUCUUAGUAUUAAGGUUCUGACUCGUUUUUAUGUUUUUCUUACUUUACAAAAUAACUUGAAACAGUAUAGAUUUUGUAACUUAAUUUGAGCUUUUUUAUUACAUUGAAUUAUAUAAAGUGCAUGUUACCUUAGAAAAAAUAUUAUUUGCUGCUUUACUCUUUUGCAAAACAUAUGCUGCAAUGAAGGAAUUUGUAUUUCCAAUAUGUACCUUGACUGCAUUUUGUAAUAUUUACUGCUUUGUUCUUAUUUCUGCUCUAAAGUAUUGAACUGGGCAUGAAACAUUAAAAUAUUAACCCAGGACCUGUAUAAUCUGGAUGUUGCUUUAAAUCUGUAUCACUGCCAUGUUGGAAACCCAGACUGCUUUUGUGAUGUUUCAAAUUAAUAAAACUAUCCUACUCAUUAUCCACUUACAUGCAUCUUCAUGGAAUCUACAAAAGUGUCACAAACUCUCUAAAGCGAAUGACAGCAGCUGACUCACUUUUGACUACUAUGGUUCAAGAUACAUUGGGCAUGUGAAUAGCCAACAUAUAAAACCUAAAGGGAAAUUUUGUCAUGCUGCCAUCAGAAAUAUAGCUCCAAUCUCCUGCUACAAAAAUUGAAAAACAAAAGAACGUUAAGUCUAUACAAUUUCUGAAAGACAAUCUUGUAAAAGAUGCACUCAAAAAUCAGAAUUAAAAAGUUUAUUUUUGCCGUAAGAAGCUCUACGAACUAGUAUCAGGUAACAGAUAAUGAUAAGUAGAACUUAAAGUCAUGAUAGGGAAGAUUGUACAAGUAUGAAUAUUACAGUAUUGGGUGGAAAUGAACAAGGUUUCAUAUGAUUGACAGAGGUGAGGAAGUCAAUACUGUCGAAUUAGCAAUUAUUUCUUUAGAAUAUGCAAGCCUUGACCAUACAAAAUACCUUGAUCAUUUUUACCAUGUUUUAUAUUUUUGGUACAAUGGGGAAAAUGCAGCAUCAAUUCCUCAUAGUAAUUGUAUGUGAGGGAUCAUUACUACCAAAAUGAUAAUGAUCAUUUAAAAUAUAUUUUAAAGUGAAUCUUCCAAGAUUGCUAUGGCAUUUUAAAAUAUUUGCUUAGUUUGAACAUUUUCAUUGUCAUCUCUUUUAACAAACUGCUAUUUCAAACAGUUCCUAUCCAGAAUAUUUACAGGUAAUUUAUCACAGGGGCAAAUCUAAAGCCAACCUGACAGAAAAAAAAA